AUGCAGCAGGCUGGAUCGUCGGGGUCGGAGGCUGAAGUGACGUGGGAAGAUCAGCAGAACAUCAACAAGUUCGGAAGAUUGAAUAAUCGGCUCCACGACCUCGACGAUGAAAUCAAGAUUGCCAAGGAAAACAAUGAAAGUCUUGAGGAUGCAAGUAACGAACUGAUCCUUACAGAUGAGGAGAUUGUGCGCUUCCAAAUAGGUGAGGUGUUUGUUCAUGUGCCCAAAGAUGAAGUGGAGAGCAGGAUUGAAGAUAUGAAGGAUGUGACGAGCAAGAACUUGGAGAAGCUGGAGGAGGAAAGGGAGUCCAUUGUUGCUCAAAUGGCGGAGUUGAAGAAGAUUCUGUAUGGCAAAUUUAAGGAUUCCAUCAAUCUUGAGGAGGAUUAG